UGCGGAAGGGGAGGGGAGGGGGGGGGAGGAGGAGGCGAUUGGAUGCGGCGGCGGCGGCGGCGGCGGUGGCGGCGGCGGAUCCCGGAGAGCAACGGAGUGAGAGGAGCAGCGAGUCCGGCAGCCGGAGAAAACCAGCCUUUAUAACAAAGGAUGAAAAAGAGGGGGAAAAAAAGUUCAGCAAAACUCACCAGCAUAUUGAACAAGUCUGAAAUUAUAUUCAGUGUCGCCCCACAUCUGCAACAAGGGGUUGAAAAUAUUUCAAUCAUGGCUCAUUCAAAGACAAGGGCCAAUGAUGGAAAAAUUACUUAUCCUCCUGGCGUCAAAGAAAUCUCAGACAAAAUAUCUAAAGAGGAGAUGGUGAGACGGUUAAAGAUGGUUGUAAAAACUUUCAUGGAUAUGGACCAGGACUCGGAAGAAGAAAAGGAGCUAUAUCUAAACCUUGCUUUACACCUUGCUUCAGAUUUUUUCCUCAAGCAUCCUGAUAAAGAUGUUCGCUUACUGGUGGCAUGUUGUCUUGCUGAUAUUUUUAGGAUUUAUGCUCCUGAAGCACCUUAUACUUCACCAGACAAAUUGAAGGAUAUAUUUAUGUUUAUAACAAGACAAUUGAAAGGAUUAGAAGAUACAAAAAGUCCGCAGUUCAAUAGAUAUUUUUAUUUACUUGAGAACAUUGCUUGGGUCAAGUCCUAUAACAUAUGCUUUGAAUUAGAAGAUAGCAAUGAAAUUUUCACGCAGCUUUAUAGGACUUUAUUUUCAGUCAUAAACAAUGGCCACAAUCAAAAAGUUCAUAUGCACAUGGUGGAUCUGAUGAGCUCUAUUAUUUGUGAGGGAGAUACUGUUUCUCAGGAGCUUUUGGAUACAGUUCUAGUAAAUCUGGUGCCUGCCCACAAGAAUUUAAACAAACAAGCAUAUGACCUGGCCAAGGCUCUACUGAAGAGAACAGCUCAAGCUAUUGAACCGUAUAUUACUAAUUUUUUUAAUCAGGUUCUUAUGCUUGGAAAAACAUCUAUCAGUGAUCUAUCAGAGCACGUUUUUGACUUAAUAUUGGAACUCUACAAUAUCGACAGUCAUUUGUUACUAUCUGUUUUACCACAGCUUGAAUUUAAACUGAAGAGCAAUGACAAUGAAGAACGGCUGCAAGUUGUUAAACUGCUAGCAAAAAUGUUUGGGGCAAAGGAUUCAGAAUUGGCAUCUCAAAAUAAACCACUUUGGCAGUGCUAUUUGGGAAGGUUUAAUGAUAUUCAUGUACCUAUACGGCUUGAAUGUGUGAAAUUUGCCAGCCAUUGCCUUAUGAACCAUCCUGAUUUGGCAAAGGAUUUAACAGAAUAUCUUAAAGUAAGAUCACAUGAUCCUGAAGAAGCCAUUAGACAUGAUGUUAUUGUUUCUAUAGUUACAGCAGCUAAAAAAGAUAUUCUGCUUGUUAACGAUCACUUACUUAAUUUUGUGCGAGAACGAACAUUAGACAAACGGUGGCGAGUCAGAAAAGAAGCCAUGAUGGGACUUGCCCAAAUUUACAAGAAAUAUUCGUUGCAGUCAGAAGCUGGAAAGGAAGCUGCAAAACAAAUUUCAUGGAUCAAGGACAAAUUGCUACAUAUAUAUUAUCAAAACAGUAUUGAUGACCGGUUGCUUGUUGAACGCAUCUUUGCUCAAUACAUGGUUCCUCACAAUUUGGAAACUACAGAACGAAUGAAAUGCUUAUAUUACCUGUAUGCUACAUUGGAUUUAAAUGCUGUGAAAGCCUUGAAUGAAAUGUGGAAAUGUCAGAACCUUCUCCGGCAUCAAGUAAAGGAUUUGCUAGAUUUAAUUAAACAGCCCAAAACAGAUGCCAGUGGUAAAGCCAUAUUUUCAAAAGUGAUGAUAAUUACAAGAAAUUUGCCUGAUCCUGGUAAGGCUCAGGAUUUUAUGAAAAAAUUCACACAAGUGUUAGAAGAUGAUGAGAAAAUAAGAAACCAGUUAGAAAUGCUUGUUAGUCCAACAUGUUCCUGUAAGCAGGCUGAAGGAUGUGUGCGUGAAAUAACCAAGAAGUUGGGCAACCCCAAACAACCUACAAAUCCUUUUCUGGAAAUGAUUAAAUUCCUCCUGGAGAGGAUAGCUCCGGUGCAUAUAGAUACUGAAUCUAUAAGUGCUCUUAUUAAGCAAGUGAACAAGUCAAUAGAUGGAACAGCAGAUGAUGAAGAUGAGGGUGUUCCAACUGAUCAAGCAAUCAGGGCAGGCCUUGAAUUGCUUAAGGUACUCUCAUUUACACAUCCUAUCUCAUUUCAUUCGGCGGAAACUUUUGAAUCUCUUCUGGCUUGCCUAAAAAUGGAUGAUGAAAAAGUAGCAGAAGCUGCAUUACAAAUUUUCAAAAAUACAGGAAGCAAAAUUGAAGAAGACUUCCCACAUAUCAGAUCGGCAUUGCUUCCAGUUCUACAUCACAAAGCUAAAAAAGGACCUCCACGUCAAGCCAAAUAUGCUAUUCACUGUAUCCACGCAAUAUUUUCCAGUAAAGAGACACAGUUUGCACAGAUAUUUGAGCCACUGCAUAAAAGCCUAGACCCAAGCAACCUUGAACAUCUCAUAACACCAUUGGUUUCUAUUGGUCACAUAGCUCUUCUUGCACCAGAUCAAUUUGCUGCUCCUUUGAAAUCUUUGGUAGCUACUUUCAUCGUAAAAGAUCUUCUUAUGAAUGACCGGCUUCCAGGGAAAAAGACAACCAAGCUGUGGGUUCCUGAUGAAGAAGUUUCUCCUGAGACACUAGUUAAAAUUCAAGCCAUUAAAAUGAUGGUGCGAUGGCUAUUAGGAAUGAAAAACAAUCACAGCAAAUCAGGAACUUCUACACUGAGAUUAUUAACAACAAUAUUGCAUAGCGAUGGAGACUUAACAGAACAGGGCAAAAUUAGUAAACCAGAUAUGUCGCGUCUGAGACUGGCUGCUGGAAGUGCGAUCGUGAAGUUGGCCCAAGAACCCUGCUAUCAUGAAAUCAUCACAUUAGAACAAUAUCAGUUAUGUGCUUUAGCUAUCAAUGAUGAAUGCUACCAAGUAAGACAAGUGUUUGCUCAGAAACUUCACAAGGGCCUUUCCAGAUUACGGUUACCACUUGAAUACAUGGCAAUCUGUGCAUUGUGUGCCAAAGACCCAGUGAAAGAGAGAAGAGCACAUGCCAGGCAGUGUCUGGUGAAAAAUAUAAAUGUGAGACGAGAAUAUCUGAAGCAACAUGCAGCAGUUAGUGAAAAAUUAUUAUCACUCUUACCAGAAUAUGUUGUUCCUUAUACUAUUCAUCUUUUGGCACAUGAUCCAGAUUACGUGAAAGUCCAGGACAUUGAACAACUUAAAGAUGUGAAAGAAUGUCUCUGGUUCAUACUUGAAAUCUUAAUGGCUAAAAAUGAAAAUAACAGUCAUGCCUUUAUCCGAAAGAUGGUAGAAAAUAUUAAACAAACAAAAGAUGCCCAAGGACCAGAUGAUGCCAAAAUGAAUGAAAAACUGUACACAGUGUGUGAUGUAGCAAUGAAUAUCAUCAUGUCGAAGAGUACCACAUAUAGUUUGGAGUCUCCAAAAGACCCAGUACUUCCAGCACGAUUUUUCACUCAACCUGACAAGAACUUUAGUAACACCAAAAAUUAUCUGCCUCCAGAAAUGAAAUCCUUCUUCACUCCGGGAAAGCCUAAAACAGCCAAUGUUCUUGGAGCUGUUAAUAAGCCUCUUUCAUCAGCAGGCAAGCAGUCUCAGUCUAAAUCUUCAAGGAUGGAGACUGUGAGCAAUGCAAGUAGCAGCUCAAAUCCAAGUUCUCCAGGAAGAAUUAAAGGAAGGCUUGACAGUUCUGAAAUGGAUCAUAGUGAAAAUGAAGAUUUCUCAAUGUCUUCACCCAUGCCAGGAAAAAAAAGUGACAAGAGAGACGACUCUGAUCUUUCUGAACUUGAGAAGCCCAGGAGUCGAAAGAAGACACCUGUUACAGAUCCAGAAGAGAAAUUAGGUAUGGAUGACUUAACCAAAUUGGUUCAAGAACAGAAACCAAAGGGGAGUCAGCGAGGGAGGAAAAGAGGCACAGCUAUGUCUGAUUCUGAUGAACAGCAGUGGCCAGAAGAGAAGAGGCUCAAAGAAGAUUCCUUAGAAAAUGAGGAUGAACAGAAUAGUCCUCCUAAAAAGGGCAGAAGAGGGCGACCCCCUAAAGCAGUUGGUAGUGGCACUCCAAAAGAAGAGCCAGCAAUUAAAACAUCUAAGAGAGGAGGCAGGAAAAAGCCUGGACCCCCAGCAGCAGAGGAGGAAGAAGAAGAAGAGAGACAGAGUGAAAACAUGGAACAGAAACAAAAGGGCAGACAACAUAGAACAUCUAGGAGAGCACAACAGAGCAGAGCAGAAUCUUCUGAAAGUAGUGCAGUUGAAUCCACACAGUCCACACCACAGAAAAGACGAGGAAGACCACCAAAAACGCCAUCACCAUCACAACCAAAAAAAAAUGUCCGCACUGGACGCUCCAAACAAGCUUCUAGUAAAGAAAAUGAAUCAAGUGAAGAGAUGGAUGUUUUUCAGAGUAGCUCUCCUGUCAAUGAUGACAUUCCACAAGAAGAAAUAAUGGAGGAAGAGGAAGUUUCUACAAUCACUGUACGACGGCGAACCUCUAAAAGGGAAAGACGAUGAACCAUCAUAAUUAAAAGCCUCCUAAGUGAAAUUUUGAGGAAUUCAUUUGUUGUCAAGUUUAAAGCUUAAUUAAGCUGUUGAUGCACAUCGGGAUUAUUGAAGAAAGGAAGAUUGAGCCUUGCUUUUACUGCCCCACGCAUUUGCAGUUCCUCAUUCACAUUAGCCACACACACGUUGAUACUGACUGGUUCUUUGUGAAAGUGUAAUGUGCGUUGGCUAUGUAGACAUGAACUAAAGAGAAAUUUGUACAUAAAUCUUUUUUUUUUUUUUUUUGAUGUUUCUGACUUCUAAAGUGCUUGUAUAGCUUUUAUUUGCGGCUUUAAAAAACUGACAGUAUCCAACUGUUUAUUGGGUCUAUGAUUCACUAUAUGGAUUUGAAAACAAUUUGUUAGACUAGAUCUUAAGCAGUGUCUGUCAGUGUUUGUAUUUGUACUCGGCAUUUUACUGUGAAAAAAAAAUCAGUUUUGACAAAUAGUGUCAUUUUCAUGCCACUAUUUGUUGGAAAGUUGAAUGGUCUUUUUCCUUUUGUGUAUCUAAUCUAGUGUUCAUACUUCUGGGCACCUUUUACUCUGUAGAGGUGCUAAACUGCUCUGCCAUUACAGCUGAAUGAUGUCUAAUAGGAUGAUGAUACAACAGGUGCAAAUUGUGAAAUAGUACUUAAGUUUGUUUGAAUUUACACCUCAGUAUUGGUGCCAGAAUAUUCUGGUCUUUUGUGGCAUUGAACAUUUGAAGGGGGGGGGGGGGCGGGAGGGAAGAAAGAGAGAUUUAAAAUAUUUUAAUUUUAAAGUGUGUGCUGUUAAAUAAUGUACUGAAUUCCUUACCCAUUUAUCCCUUUUCAGUUUUUAUUAAUCUACUGUAUCAAUAAAAUUCUGUAACUGAAUAAGUUUUUGAUAGUCUAGUAUGUUAAUGUGUGUAGAUAUUUCCUCAUGAACAUUAUGUUCAGAAAAUGCAAAUUAUUACAUUAUAUGAAAUCUGAUAUAAACAUUAGUGAAAUUACAGUUCUUAAUACAAUGUAAAGUUAAUCAGAAAGAAAAAAAUUUUAUUGAUGCAGUGUGUCUUUAUAAAGCUGUUCUUGAAAGCCAAGUGUUUUGUAUUUUAUAGUGAGUUGCAUGUUUAUGGGAAAAAUAUGCUUAAAAUGGGAUGUAAUCUUUUCUGGAAAUUCGUAUCUAGCAGUAGUAUAUGAUUGCCUCAUAACAGAAUUUUCCACCGAGAGUUUAUUAUUGUACUUCAUUUUUGUGAAACAAGUUUUUUUGUUUUUUGUUUUUUUUGUAUUUGGAGCUUACAUUUUUAUUGACUUAGCAGCUAUAGAUUUUGCGAUCUUACAAGAUCUGUUUGAAAUUCCUUUGGGGGGAACAGGGGAAUUACCAUUACGCUACACUUAAGAGUAGUUUAAUUUUUUUAUUUUCUGUAAUCUGCAAAAACAGAAAUGAAUUACUCAACAGUAUCCUCUAUACAGUUUUUUGAACUGUAUCUUUGAACCAAAAUGUAUAGGUUAAUACUUUUAUGUUUAGCUAGACUCACUUUAUUUCUUCAGAUGCUAUUCUUUUGUUUCUUUGCAGUUGACAUGAGAAAAAAAUCAAUAUCUAACUUAUUAAAUUUUAUCUCACUGAAAAAAUGAAGCAUUUUUUUGUGUGUAACCUACCAAUGUUUUUGUUAUAUUUCUGAGAUAGGUUAUAAUAGAUGGUGGUGUAAUAAAGAGGACAUUUUUGUUAGAAAAUGUCUUUUUACCAUUUUCCAGUGUAUAUAUCCUAAUAAUUUGGUUUUCUUGUAUAUAUUUCUUUAUGCCAAUGGAGCAUUCAAACCUUCAUUUUUUUAAUGUAGGAAAUUGUGUUUAACAACCUGUCUCAAUAUUUAACAAUUCUUCAUUUUAUACUCAUGAUGGCAUCACUGAUUAUGGGAAGACUGCUGUACACUAGGGCAGCUAAUGUUGUGUUAAAAGGUACAUUGAUUGUGAAAUUUCCAUUAGCAAAAUUCUUCUAAAUAGGCUACUUCUGUUUGAGCAGUGCAAGUUUUUAAUCUAUAAAAUAAAGAAUAAAAGCUAGCUUUAUAUUUUCUUCAUUGACUUGAUUGCACUGAAAAUGUUUAUGUUGAAUAUAUCUUUGAGAUCAUUUUAAAAAUAAGAAAAAUAGCUUAAAACUGCUUGUGAAUUAUCAAAAAUUUAUUUGCAUGAUCAUAGUUAACUAAAUUUCAUCAACAUUAAUGAUGUACAUACACCUGGUCAUAAUGAUGUUGUAAUGCAAAUUCUGUCUAUAUAUAAUGCUAAUUUGUCUGUUUCAUUAUGUGUUCUCUCUUGAGUCCAGCUUGUGUAAUAUUCAUUAUUUACUGGGAAAAUGGGUGUAGUAAUGUUAUGAAAUUCUACUGAUGUUCUGUGAGCCUCCAUCUUAGAUGAUUAUUCUCACUAUCUUAAAAAUUUGUAUUAUACGUGCUAACAUUUUCUAGGCUUGCUGAUAAAUAGAGCAAAAAUAACUGCAUAAAAACUUUUCUAAUAGCAUAUUUUUUCUUUAGUUAUAAUUAAAAUACAUGCUGUAGUGCAAUAAAAAAAAAAAAGCACUCAUAUUUAUUUCCCACAUGCUAUUUGAGGAUGUUAUAGAUAGGUUAUCUUACUGUACCAUGUAGCAGCACCAUUCUAUCCAGUUUUCAUUACAAUUUAUUGUCUGGGUUGGUAUAAAUUAGAAAAGUGGCAGUAAAUUUUUUUCCAAAUAGUAAAGGAUAAAUUACAUUCACUACCAUGAACGUAUGAUGUCAAAUAGUAGAUACCUAGGAAAUUUUUGAAAAUGGGGGGAGGAGGAUUAAAUUAAGACAUAAAUAAAUGACAGUUUUUGUUAAGAAGGAACAAAAUACCUUCCAUGUCACUUUAUAAAACAUUGAAUAAUAAAAUAGAUGUGAACAUCAGUUUUCAACCAUAGAUUUUGAUCUUCAUAUUUUAAUGUCCCAAAAGAAUCCCAUUUUUUUCCUGAAUAGGAAUAUCAUUGAUCUGUAAAUUUAGAGACUUAUAUUUACAUAAUGAAGAAAAUUAAUGUAACCAAUGGUGCUGAAUUUUCUGUCUAGAUCUGGCAUUCAGAAUCUUGACUGACAGGUACCAACUGCCAUUGAAAAAUGGUAAACCCAAGAGAAUUAAUCUAUUUUAUAUUAUUUUGAAGUCUCUUGUAUAAGUAAUAUUAGAAACAACUGCUGGUGGCAACUUCUUGCACAUAAUAUAUCCUAUGUUCAUUGUCUAUAGUCUCAGCAUCUGUUUUAUCAGUAUUUUGUGCAGUGGAGGUGGGAUACACCUUUUUCUUUUUUGGGGGGUAGAGGGAAAUUCCUAUCCUUUGUGUCUUAAAUCUUUACUUAACUUUUUCCCAAAAUAAGAAAUUGGAUAAUUCAUAAGUUUAUCUGCCACUUCAGAAUUUGAGAAUACAAAUUAAUAAGAAAUUUAUUUUGAUAAAUUAAUAUUUUAAACUCCUGGUUGGAGAAUAAAUUUUGUUUUCAAAUUACAGGUUAACCCAUUUAAACUCUGAAAAUCACCUAGGGCAAAAAAUAAAGAUAAAGGAUUUGCACCUUUGGAAUUUGUUCAAGGGAAUACAAAUAUUAUUUAAUCUUAACUUUAUAUUUUAUGAAUCAGAAUGCCCUCAAGACAAGAAGAAUCUUUUGUCCAGUAAAAUUUAUCAUUAAUGUCUACUAAAGCAAGAAUAAGCAUAAAGGAGUAAAUGAAGUUCUUCCUUCCAAAAAACUUUACAUCAGUAGAAAAUUUUAGAGAUCCAUAAGAAAUGUGAGAUGUUAGAAUAGUGAAAUUUGGUUGGAGGAUUCAUUGGGAUAAUUGCAAAGUAUUCACUAAUUUAAAUCAACAUAUUAAAAACAAAAACUGAAAAUGCCUCUGGAUCUUUUAGUGUAACAAAAGACCUUAGUCCAAAUUACAUUUUCUGCUCAAAUAUGAAAAGCAGAUAGAGGUAUAAUGCAGAAAGCUUCAGCAGUUUUGAAGUUAUAAUAAAGUUCGUUAACUACUUGCUUAAGGCUAACCUAAUUUUACCUCCCAGUUAACAGAUUUUUUGAUGUUUAUUAUCAACCAAGUCUUUAUCUGACUUAUGUCCGUCUAAAUCUGUAUUGUUUUUAAAAGUUCUGAGAUACUUCAAAAAAACCUUUCUUCAAAAGGCUUCAGCUAGGUUUUGAGAACAGAACCUUAAGAUUUCUGGUUUCUUCUCCUCCCUGUUUUAUCCCUUACUCCAUCAGCCCAGCUUUUCUCACAUAAUGGUUCAUUGUGAUAUAGGCAUACUUUUUAAACAGUGACUUGAUGAAGGUCUGGUUAAUAACUCACGAGGAGAUAUCAUCAAAUGUUUUAUAAAUCCUUUAAUUGUUCAUUCUCAAUGAAAAUGAGAAAUGCUUUUAUAAAUUUUGAUUACUGAUAAAAAUUAUGCCAUAAUUGUACAUACUGCAUGUAAUUGGUAUGCAUAAAUUUUUUGUUAAGUUUUCAUCGACUAUGUUCCAAUUUCAAAAAUAUAUGUAGACAAGAUAUUUCUAUAAACCUCAGACUUCUUUGCAGUGGACCUUUGCAAGUA